CCCAAGCUCAGUGACCUGGUUCAAAAGUUUGGAUGCAGACCAAACCUGCACACCUCCUGAAACCUUCUGCACAUCUGAGGCCUUUGGAUUUUUUAUUUUCUACUGCAGGCAACACUGAGCUAUACUGACGACCUGAAGAAUGCAGCAAAUGAGUGACUUAAAGCAUCCAUCGGCAAUGGCUCCAUCAGCCUCCAUGGCUCGAGCAGCCGACCCCUACCAGCAAAGGAACAUUGCCAUGAACUUGGAGUAUUCUGAGCUCUGGAAGUCUUUUCACGAGAUCGGAACGGAGAUGGUCAUCACCAAAUCUGGCAGGAGGAUGUUUCCAUACUGCAACAUCAGUGUGUCUGGACUCGUCCCCUACGCCAAGUAUGUCAUCAUGGUGGACAUGGUGCCGGUGGACAGUUCUAGGUAUAAGUGGAAUAACGAGCAGUGGGAGGUGGCAGGGAAAGCCGAGCCCCAGCCCCCCUGCAGGACCUACGUCCACCCAGACUCCCCUGCUCUGGGAAGCCACUGGAUGAAGCAGCCCAUUUCCUUCCUCAAGCUGAAGCUCACCAACAACCCACUGGACCAGAGAGGCCAUAUCAUUCUGCACUCUAUGCACCGCUAUCAACCUCGCUUCCACGUGGUGCAGGCCGACGACCUCUACAGCGUGCGAUGGGGUGUCUUCCAAACAUUUACCUUCCCUGAAACCUCCUUCACUGCAGUCACGGUCUACCAAAACAGCAAGAUCACAAAGCUGAAGAUAGACCACAACCCCUUCGCAAAGGGCUUCAGGGAAGAGGGAACACACGGCAAAAGGCACAGAGCACAGAAGAGUCAAAUGUGUCCCGAGAAUUCAGCAAAGAAACUCAAGUUAACCUCAGAUAAGGAGCCAGAGCCAGAGUUCAUGACCUAUUCAGACAUGCCUAGGCUGCCAUACGACCCUCACAGAGACGAGUCAGAAGGUAUGAUGCUCUCUAAAGAUCUCCCCAUGGCUCAGGAUGAGCACAUGUCCCCCUGGGGAGGGGAGCAGGACCCGGCCCAGAGUCUCCACAGUGAAGGGGUGAUGGACUACACCAACUCAGAGCAGCUGGUCCCAGGACAGGCCAGCUACCAACCUCACAGAAUCCACGAGUUUGAGAGGAUGCCCUCGCCCUCCUCUUGCGUAGACGGACAAGUUGACCGCCAAUCGUUUGAAUCCAGAUCGGCUGACAUGGCCACCGUCCCCGAGCAAGAGAUCUCCAGACCCCUGCCCACAAUGAGCCUGGGUUCUCCGCAGUGCAGAUCCCUGGACUUUACCAUGACCCAGAACAUCGCAGGCUGCUCUAAGGGCAGGCCAGGCCUGGGCGCUCAUCCUCUCUACGGCCAUUACAACACAGAGCAGCCUUUAACUCACUGGAGUGGGGCUCUUCCCGGGCAGUACUCCAGCCCUGCUUACCACCACCCACACCACCUGAUGUCAGAUCACAGCCUGCAUCCUUCAGGGUAUCACCACAGCAAUAUGGCCGAGUGGAGCCAGUACUCUCUCUUCCCCUAUUCCUGCUGAGCAGAAGCACUGAGGGGGAAGAUGAUCACUGAGAAGGACAUGAUUAACUUAAUUUCUCUUACUGCACCAGAAACAAGAGGACAAAAACCUUCUCCAGAUAUUUUCCAGGGAUGUUUAAAUAUUUUUAACAAGACAAUGCAAAGCCACAUGCUGCACACAUUACAAAGACAUGGAUGCAGAAGAAGACGAGCGUACGGGUGGAGAAUUUUGAAGCGAAAUACUGUAUGAACAAUUGCAAACUUUGCUUAUAUAAACCACUUAAUGUGGUUGUGUGUGUGUGUGUGUGUGUGUGUGUGAGUGUGUACAAAGAGAGAUUUUAUAAAAGCCUAGACUUGCUUAGCUUGUAAAUGUAAAAUAAAGUGAGAGUUCAUUGUAU